AUGGCUCCUGGAAUGUCCCUUUUCUCCGUCAACGCGAUUCUGAUCCUCAGCAUUGAGGAUGGAUCGCGUCUAUUCUCCAAGUAUUACAGCGCACCCCACCACACCGGCUCGGCGACACACAACGGCAACUCGAACUCUUCUGGCAGUCCGUAUCCCGAUGUGAAGUCGCAAAAGGCCUUUGAGAAGGGCCUCUUGGAGAAGACUGCGAAGCAGACCGGCGAUAUCAUCCUGUACGAUAACCGGAUUGUGCUCUACAAGAUGGAAUCAGACGUCAUGAUGUACGUGGUCGGAGGCGUCGACGAGAACGAGGUGCUCCUCUACAACGUCAUCCUGGCCCUGAGAGACUCCCUGCACCUGCUCUUCAAGCAAUCCGUCGACAAGCGCACAAUCGUUGAAAACUACGACCUCGUUUCCCUCGCUAUUGACGAGAUCGUCGACGACGGCAUCAUUCUCGAAACCGACCCCACCAUCAUCGUCCAAAGAGUGAGCAAGGCGCCGGCGCAAGAUGUCGACCUCCGCCGCAUCGACCUCAGCGAACAAGGUGUCAACAACUUGGCCCAGCUUGGCAAGUCGAAACUGGCCGACUGGCUGCGACAAGGCUUGUAA